CUGAUUCAGUCCAUGCUGUGACCCGAGGAGGCCCACAAUGAACCCCCACAGCCAUCGACCAUUUUGGUGAGCUCGGAAGAAGUCGCAGGUGGGUAGAAGCAGGACAGCUUGCAGCGCAGGACGAACUGUUCAUUCAUAUCCUAUGAUGGUGUGGGAACACUGCAACUGUUGGUCCCCAUCCUGUGAGGGUGUGGGACACUGCAGCCGGAGAGUUGACACCCCGCGCGCCCCGAGCCGCCUCAUAGGACCCUCGUUAACCAGGUGGGCUGGUGAUCUCCUCAUUGUUCCCUCCACGUUGAAAAGGGGCAGUGACCAACUCAGCCUGCUCUCUAACCUUUCUUACCUGGAAGGAUGCGACGGCGCAAUAGCGGCCCCGUAGCUCGUCGUACAAGAGCUCAAGCAUCCCCCGAGUUCGGUCAGAACGACCUGGGAGAGUUUGAGAGGCGAAACCGCCAAAAGCGAGCAAAGGGUCGUAAAUCUGCCCUUGGAAGGCCUAAGCCGGGAGAGGACAAACAGCCCUCCCUGGACACGACGGCGACAACGCCGGCUAGAGCUACAUCGGCUGCAGCGAACCAGGAGCAGAGCUCGUUGGACAGCGACUCAGUUGUCGACCCUCCCACGACUAUUCCCGACGCCGAUUCAGAUCUUGUUAUAGAACGUCUCCCACGGCGUUCUCUGACACCCGAGUCUGCAUCAUCUUGCACGGAGACGUCGAGCUUGUACUACGAACGCAUUGGCUAUCUGCCUCCCCUUAGUGAGUCGACUUUGGAGGUCAUCCGUAAGGUGCUGGCGAAUCCAUCCAUGGGUUCCUCAGCAGGCCGGCUCGUCAAGGAGGCAGACCAACAGAACGGUCUCAACAAACGGAAUGUGAAUUGGAAUGCUACAACUGACCCCUUUCGCCAAGAGAUCCUGUUGUUACAAACCCAGACUGGCCGACAAGGGGAGUCGGACGACAACAGGAAAUGGAACGAUGAUUUGGAGAAGUGCAGAGUCGAUCCCCAGGAGUUUGUUUUUCAGCGAACCCUCAUGAUGUCGAUGGUAGAUCGGCACCGCCUCAUUUACGGCAGCAGAGGAGUUUUGGACUUUGCAGUCGAGAGGCCGUGGAAUUGCUCGCCGAUGCCAACACGAGCAUUCUUGGAAACAGACGGCAAACAUCUGCCAAAGGCAAAACCCGACAUUGCUAUCGCAUUUCGCACGACCACUUUGAUGGACACCGGGAGUUUCGAGUAUCUCCCGGAACCGCUCCAAAAUAUCAUGUGUUACGAAGGCAAAGCCAAUGCUCAACAACUUCGCGCCUUUCACUUCUUCAUGAUCGAAUCAAAGAACUCAUGGAAGACAUUGCUAGAGCCAGUCUCUCAGUAUCAGGCUCUCAAUGGUGCGAGCCAGUCUCUGCACAACAUGUACGAGUUCUUCAACGAAGCCGGGCCAAAGCACUUGGCAAAGUUUUUUGACGAAGUCCGGGUGUUUACCGCCGUCUCAACAACCGAGGGCAUAAUCAUCCGAGUGCACCGGGCUUGCCUGGCGAGGAAUCUCCGCGAUAAAGAUUCCACAAUACCGGUCCCAAAGCAUCCCAUACUUCCCGACUAUCCAUUGCAAUUCGAAUACGAUAUCUAUCAUAUGAUAAAAUCCGAUGACUUCACCCAGGGGACAGUUGCAGCAGCAUUAGAAACAGUCAUGAUCCAAUAUGGCGUUGAGCAACUUUUUAAGCUAUUGAAAGACGCAGCGGAUGACGUCGUCAAGAAAUUUGAAGCCAAGCGAGAGCACCGAUCGAAAUACUACUAUUCUCACGGUCAGAUACCCAAAGAUCCAAAGACAAAGGCACAGCCCAAAAAUGGCCAAGCUGGACAAGAAAGCACCUCGCAGAGCACCUCGGCAGCGUCUCGAACUUCAAGGGCAACACCACAGAGUUCUAGUCAGGGCCCUGCCCAGGAAGAAUUCUACCCACACAUACAGAAUAUCGAAGAGAUGCAUAAACUGAACAAAGAAAGCAGUAGCAGAUCUGCCCAGGCUAGGUCAGAGCAUGAUUCACCCACACCCACACCUACCACGCCCCCGAGACACAUAGCCGGUCCCGACCCCAACGCGAGCCUGUCCGAGAACUUUGGCAGUGGAUUUCAUGUUGACGACUCCGCACGGUCCGAAGCUGAACAGCCGGGCCCGGCGGCCGCGCCCAGCCAGAGCGGUGCCCUACCGCCGCGGCACCUAGGUGGCAAGCGCCGUGGAGUCCCUGGCGACGAGGCCGCGGAAGGUCAAACGAGGGCUCACUUCACUCGCUCCAAGCGUUCCAAAAACCAGCACGGGCCGGAUAGUUUGCUGAGAUGACUGGCUGUCAAAGCCAAUUUGGAAGUAAAGGCAGAUUGAGUGUACGAAGUUAUCACUGGAAAGACGAUCUCAGAUGGGAUCGGAUCAUGGGGUGAGGUCAACAUGAACCACACUGCUCGUCGCACGCUGACAUUGCGGGGCCUGUCAGGAGUUUCACGGCAAGCUUUUUGAUUGGCGCAUAAAUGGAUUUCAUACAAAUAUUGAAGGUAUUCACAGAUGGAGGAGCAAAGUUUUCACCUUGUCGAAUUAUCUGUAUAUAUUACUUUACAUUUUGUAGCCCUUCAAUGGUCAAAUUCAUUUUAAGUUU